AUGGCCGAACGUUGUCAAAGAAUUGAUGAAGAGGUUGUUGCUUCUAGAGACGAGAUCAGUUCGUUGCCCGACGAUUUGCUUAUCCAGAUUUUGUUGCUUGUACCGAUCAAAGAUGCAGUUGGGACAAUGAUAUUGUCAAAACGAUGGCGUUAUGUCUGGACGUUGUUGCCUAAACUCGAGUACAGUGAUCCUGGUGAUGAAUGCGAAAGCGUAGAUGUUGGGAAAUUAGUUGCAAAUGCAGUUGAUCGCUUUGUGCGCAAGCUAGAGUUAGAGCUCCACUGGACGGCAGAGCCUACCAGCUUGCCUAAGAGUCUUUACACAUGCAAAACACUUGUGGAAUUGACUCUUUCGGACAAGAUUAUAGUGGAUGUUCCUUCUUCGGUUUGCCUCCCGUCACUCAACAUAUUACGCCUUUUUUAUGUGGUGUUCAAAGAUGAAAAUUCUCUAGAGAGGCUUAUAUCAAGUUGCUCAGUUCUUGCCCGAUCGAAAGUGGGCCUCGCCAUCAGUGAUAACCGGGACUACCGUUUCGCGAAGGUGCAUAAGCUUCGCCUUGAAAAGCCACAUAUCGACGUUGUAUGUCAUACUGAUGACAAGUUUCUCAAAGCUAUUUCCUUGGUCACGUAUCUUGUGUUACCUUUGGAAGAUCCAAUGGCUCUGGAUUUUCGUGGCUUUACCUUCACUCGACUUGGAAAAUUAGUGAUAUGUCCACAUGGCCAUCUCUGGUUGGAUAUAAUUCCACUAAUUCUCAACAACUCUCCUAAACUAAGAUUUCUUGCUAUCACUUCUGUAAUGGAUAUCGACCCGGAAAUCUCCCAUUGUCAUGGUACCAACCAAGGUACUGUUCCCAGAUGCUUGUCGGCUCAUUUAGAUGAGGAGUUUGUGUGGCAUGGAUAUAGAGGAAACGAAGAAGAGACACAGCUCAUAAGAUACAUUUUUGCUAAUGCAAAGUGUUUAAAGAAAGUGACAGUCACAUCUAUAUGGGAACAUUUUCAAUCUUCAAUCUUGAAGAGAGAGAUAUCAACCUUCCAUCUUGAAGAGAGAGAGGUGAUAGAAACGGUCUUAAAGUCUAUGCCUAGAGUUUCAACAACGUCUACGCUUGUGUUUAAAUGA